CUGUUCCGUGCAGUUGCAGAUUCUCAGAGGCGCGGUUUAACAGGGUGCAGCUGGCCUGGGACAUCUGCCUCUGCGCUCAGCCGCUGGACGUCCGGCCUCGCAGCGGUGGAAAACUCCACUGGACAUCCGCAAACUCCCGCGGGAAAAGCAAAGCGGCCCCGGAGUAUUUCUGCGUCAUGUCACGGAAAUGAUACCCUGCUUUUCAGAGGCGAGAGCGGAGGCUCGAGAACACACAGCCCAGGGCAGAGAGGACCGAGAGGGCCGGUUCAGGACCAUGGAGAGCGGCAGCAGUCCUCGGCCUCCACAGUCGGAUGCCCUGGAGCCUUUUCCCCAGAAGAACUUGGAGCCCGGUGACAUCGCUGUGCUGGUUUUAUACUUCCUCUUUGUCCUGGUUGUUGGACUAUGGUCCACCGUGAAGACCAAGAGAGACACGGUGAAAGGCUACUUCCUGGCUGGAGGAGACAUGGUGUGGUGGCCAGUGGGGGCCUCUUUGUUUGCCAGCAACAUUGGAAGCGGACAUUUCAUUGGCUUGGCGGGGUCGGGCGCGUCUGUGGGCAUCUCCGUGACUGCUUAUGAGUUUAAUGGCUUAUUUUCUGUGCUGAUGUUGUCCUGGAUCUUCCUUCCCAUCUACAUCGCAGGCCAGGUCACCACGAUGCCCGAAUACCUGAGGCGCCGCUUCGGAGGCAGCAGGAUUUCCAUCACGCUGGCCGUGCUGUACCUAUUCAUCUACAUCUUCACCAAGAUCUCGGUGGACAUGUACGCAGGCGCCAUCUUCAUCCAGCAGGCUUUGCACCUGGACCUGUACCUGGCGGUCGUGGGGCUGCUGGCCGUCACAGCUCUGUACACUGUGGCAGGUGGCCUGGCCGCUGUGAUCUACACCGACGCUCUGCAGACGGGGAUCAUGCUCAUAGGAGCGUUCACCUUGAUGGGCUACAGUUUUGCUGCGGUUGGGGGGAUGGAAGGCCUGAAGGAGAAGUACUUCUCGGCCCUGGCGAGCAACCGGAGCGAGAGCGGCAGCUGCGGGCUGCCCCGGGAGGACGCCUUCCACAUCUUCCGCGAUCCCGUGACGUCCGACCUCCCGUGGCCGGGCAUUCUGUUUGGAAUGUCCAUCCCAUCUCUGUGGUACUGGUGCACGGAUCAGGUGAUCGUUCAGCGCAGUCUGGCUGCCAAGAACCUGUCCCACGCCAAAGGAGGAUCCCUGAUGGCUGCCUACCUCAAGGUUCUGCCCCUUUUCCUGAUGGUGUUCCCCGGGAUGGUCAGCCGCGUCCUCUUUCCAGACCAAGUGGCGUGUGCUCAUCCGGAAAUCUGCCAGAAGGUCUGCAGCAACCCCUCCGGCUGCUCCGACAUCGCGUACCCCAAACUCGUGCUGGAGCUCCUGCCCACAGGACUCCGUGGGCUGAUGACGGCUGUGAUGGUGGCGGCCCUCAUGUCCUCCCUCACCUCCAUCUUUAACAGUGCCAGCACCAUCUUCACCAUGGACCUCUGGAACCACAUCCGGCCACGGGCGUCCGAGAGGGAGCUCAUGGUGGUGGGCAGGAUAUUUGUGAUUCUGCUGGUGUUGGUCUCCAUCCUCUGGAUCCCUGUGGUCCAGGCCAGCCAGGGAGGCCAACUUUUCAUCUACAUCCAGUCCAUCAGCUCCUACCUGCAGCCACCCGUAGCUGUAGUCUUCAUCAUGGGUUGCUUCUGGAAGCGGGCUAACGAGAAGGGUGCCUUCUCAGGCCUGAUCUUGGGCCUGCUCCUAGGCUUGAUCAGACUGGUCCUGGACUUCAUCUAUGUUCAGCCUCCGUGUGACCAGCCAGAUGAGCGCCCCGCUGUGGUGAAGUACAUCCAUUACCUCUACUUCUCCAUGAUUCUGUCGGCAACCACCCUGAUCACCAUGUCCACCGUGAGCUGGUUCACAGAGCCGCCUUCCAGGGAGAUGAUCAGUCGCCUGACCUGGUUUACCCGCCAUGACCCUGUGGUCCAGAAGGAACAAGGGCCCCCAGAAACGCCCCUGCCGCCCGCCCUCUCUCAGAACGGGACUCCAGAAGCCACCAGCACCCAGUUUGAGAUUGUUCAAGAAAGCAUGUCCAAAACCCACAACGGCUCUCGUCACUGCCCGCGCUCCACCCUUGGAGAUCACGGAGGGCGUCAGAUCUCACAGGAGCCCCAAACCAUUGUGAACCGCGUGUCCAAGAGAUCUGGGUUGCACACAUUCGAAUUAUCCCCAAACCACCACCCCCGACCAUGGAAGGACUAUUUCGUGUGAAACCGGUCUCCGCUGCCAAAAAGGCCGAGGAACACUGGCUUUAUCGGAAUGAGCUAACAUCGAUUUCCACCUUCUCUUGAAAGGACAACGCAACGACACUGAGCGCAUGCGUCUACAUGGUGGACAUGACAUGCAGCCGCCGUUAGGCAGCCGUCCCUUAGACGUGGGUUGUGUUCUUCAGUCAAAGUCCCCACCACUCCCCACUAUCCACAUGAUCUUGGGCCUGUGGACAGUCAUGGCUUUUGUUUGCUUGGUUCUUAAUUUUGGAUACUGUGGAUGUGAACCCAUGUCCACUGAAAGUGGCAAACUCCAAAAAGUGGGAAACUCCAGAAAGCCAUGUUCUUAAAGAAAAAUGGGGAAUAGCAUAUUUCUUGGUAGAGGUGAAGCCUAUUUUCAAAGUGUUUAAUAUAUGCAAAUAUGCUUCCCCUGACUCAGUGUGUUACUUAUCUGACCCUGUAAACAGCUGUUUACUGCCCCAGCUGUAAACAAAAAACUAAGUUUUCCACCAAAGUGCUCAUGUCCCGGCAGCCUCCCGGGAGACAGAGUGACACAAAAGGUCUGACCCCACUUCUGCCACAGAUUACCAGCUCUGCGGCUUUGCUCGUUAGUAUGAGGUUCAAUUUCCUCACCGAAAUUCAGCUGGAGACAUUGAAAUUCUGAAAAUAGGAACCUUCUAGAAUUCAAUAGACUUCCCAGUUUAUGGAUGCAGUCAUUCCGCAGUAUCUUCGGGGAACUGGUUCCAGGACUCCCGAGAUUCUAAAGCUUAUGGACAUUCAGAUCCCCCGUACAAAGUGGCACACUCCUCCCGUAUACUGUAAAAACCUAAUACAGUGUAAAUACUUACACUGAAUUGUUCAAAUAAUAACGGCAAAGAAAAUCUAUACAACACAUUCAGUGCAGACCCAAUUUGCUCCCACAUAUUUUCCUUCUGUGUUGGGUUGAUCUGCGGCUGUGGACCACGGGUAGGGAGGGUGGAGAGUACCUUCCAGAAAAGGCACUUAAAGUACUUCUGUUGCAGGAACGCAGCUGGCUACCGCCCUUCUUUCUCUGGGAGGCAGAU